AUGCGGUCUCUGGACAGAAAGCUGCAGCGACCGCUCCUGGGGAAGUCCCGGACACUGCCCAGCAUCCCGCAGUCCCCGGUCCUGAGCAGGCUUCCCCUCCUCGACUCCACGGCGUACAGGGAGGAGAUGCCGGAGCAGAAGCCCUAUAAGAAGCACUUGGCCUCCGACCGCCAGAAAGGCUGCACAGUCCCUUCUACUGGGGAGGCCUGGCGGCUGGAGGACGACUGCACGGAUCCCCCCAGGGACCCCCAGCUCGGCACAGCGGUGGAGGACGCCCCCUUCAGCUACUUCCGCACCCGCUCCUUCUACAUGAGGAAGAGCCUGUCGGUUGACAACCACCUGGGGUCCCUUGGCUAUGCUGUCCACCCGGCAGAGACGAAGGCCGAGCGCGUCAAGACCAAGCUGCGGCGGCAAUUCAGCCUGGGGUCAGCGGACAAGAAGGACUUUUACCAGCCAAAGUCGGAAAGCAGCCUCUCUAGGUUUGCCCACCGCUUGUCAGUUAAGCAGAAGCAGGAGAAGAGAAGGAAAGCUGAGUAUGCCUCGGCCGAGCUGUCUGCCUUCCGGCCCAGGUCUCUGAGCAUUGAAUGGUCAACCUCCCCUAAAAUGACGCAGCAGAUGCGGGACCUGCAGCUGGCGCAGGCCAGGAAGCCACCGGGCCCUUCCUCACCGAACGCGGCCAAGAGGCUCUACCGAAACCUGUCGGGGAAAUUCCGCGUCAACUACACGUCCUUUGACGAGGGCAGCCUGGCGGGGCGGGGCGAGAAGGAGAAGCUCCGCAAGUCCUACCUGUUCCAGAGCAAUGCUGCCCUCUUCGAGGCUGUGGAGCUGCAGGACCUAGACAGGGUCCAGGAGCUGCUGAAGCAGUACAGCCCCGAGGAGCUGGACCUCAACACCCCCAACAGCGAGGGGCUACUGCCCCUGGAUAUCGCCAUCAUGACCAACAACGCUCCCAUCGCCAGGGCCCUGCUGCAGGCGGGAGGAAAGGAGAGCCCACACUUCGUGAGCCUGGAGAGCCGCUCACUGCAUCUCUCCACGCUGGUGCGGGAAGCGGAGCAGCGCGUCAACGAGCUGAUGGCGCAGGUGGUGAAUGAGGCGCCCAACACCGACUGCUCCGAGAAGGAGAAGCAGCUCAAGGCCUGGGAGUGGCGAUACAGGCUUUACAAGCGCAUGAAGGCAGGGUUUGAGCAUGCCCGAGUGCCGGAUGCCCCCACCAACGUCCACCUCUCCGUGGCCAGCAGCUCCUCGGUGCAGGUGACCUUCUGGGAGCCCCUGAGCGUCAAUUCGGCCGUCGUCACCAAGUACAAAGUGGAAUGGAGCUGCUCCCCCACCUUCUCGCCGUGCCUGGGGGAGGCCGUGAUCGACAAGCUGAAGAACUUGCACUUCACCAUCCGGGGGCUGGUGUCGGGCACGGCUUACUACGUCCAGGUGUCUGCCUACAACAUGAAGGGCUGGGGUCCCCCGCAAGCCUCCGUGCCCCCUUUCGCCAUCCCUUCCAACUGGCGGGAGUACGAUGGCCGGGCUCCACGGCGAAGGGGACAAGCUGAAGCUCUGGACCAUCUGCUGGGCCAGGUGAAGACCGUCCACCAGCACUGCGUUUGCCAUGAGCCCUGCAAGAGCCAGCCCCAGAGCAGGAAGCACUCGGUCUCCAAGAGCCUCAAGCACCUCUUCCACCCCGGCAGCAAGUUUCUCAAGACGCUGAAGCGGGGCCUCUAUCUGACAGCCAUCUUCUACAAGGAUGACAACAUCCUGGUGACCCAUGAAGACCAGAUCCCCGUGGUGGAGAUUGAUGACACCUACUCCUGCCUGCUCAUGCAGGAUUUUCUCUGGUUCACCAAGGUGUCGUGCAUGUGGGAUGAGAUCCUGUGGCUGCGGCAGUGCGUCACCGUUUCCCAGUCGUCCUGUUCCUGCAUCCUGCAGACGCGCUUCAAGAUGCUGCUGGCCAUCUCGCAGAUGCACGGGCUGCUGGGCAUCCAGGACCUGGGGCAGGUCUUCUUCGAGCCUGUCAAAGACAAACAGGGGAACAUCCUCAUUGUCACCCUGAAGGAGGUGAAGACCAACCAGACCUUCGAGAGCGUCCGCUGGGUUCCCAUCUGCAAGCUGCAGACCAGCCGCAAGUCCGUGUCCUCCCCGGAGGAGCCCACCGCUCUGGACACACUGCUGAUCUCCAUCCAGGACAAGCUGGCUUACCACCAGCGGAGCAGCCAUGCCCUCUCCCCAGGCCUCUACCUGGGCUACUUGAAGCUCUGCAGCGCCGUUGAUCAGAUCCGAGUGCUGGUGCCGGAGCGGCUCCCCAACAUCCUGUGCCACGUCAAGAUUCGCUCCAACCCCAACAUCUCCAGGGAGGAGUGGGAAUGGCUGCAGAAGAUGGCCAGCGUGGAGGAGCCCAUUCCUGCGGAGCCAGAGGCUGAGACCUCCCAGAACCACUUGUUUCAGGAGCUCCAAGUGGCCAUCAAGGAGCUGAUGACCCUGGUCAACAUCCCAUUGCAAGAGGCCAAAGAUUUCCGUCUGUACAGCCAAGAGGUGCUGGACUUUGGGGGCCAGGUCUCCUUCCUGCUGCUGCUGCCUCCGUCAGACGAUGUCUGUACUGCUCCGGGUCAGAACAACCCCUACACCCCUCGCUCUGGCUUCCUCACGCUGCCGCUGCAGAUCUUCGAGCUAGUCCAUUUCUUCACCUACGACCGGGAGUUCAUCACCCAGUACUGCCAGGUGUCCGCCCUCCUGGAGCUGGAGUCGCUCCUCUCUCAGCAGAGCCUCAGGGAGGCCUUCUCUGAUGCCGAGCUCUCCACUGCAAAGCAGAGGCACCAGCAGGUUCAGGACUACAUCCAGCAAAUGGAGGAGAUCUGGCGUGAGAUGCGCUGGAUUAUGGAUGCCCUGCAACACGCCCGGUACAAGCAGCCCUCCUGCGGGGUGUCUCUCAGCGGCUUCCUCAGCGAGGCCGGCAGUGCAAUGAAGGAGAAAACCCAAUCCACCUCAUCCCACCUCGACUACCUUCCCUCCCCGGCGCCCUCGCCAGAGACCAGCCGUAAGCUCAACUCCG